CCAAGACCAAGACCAGCAGCAACAAGUAUGUUCUACUGUCUCUGAAGGAUGAUACGGAUGUCACAGGAACAUUUAUCAGCUGAGUACCAACGUUUUCUCCGCUUUGGUGGAAAAGUCAGCUUUUUGUGAGGGCAGGAAACAGACCAUAUACAGUGACCAUUAAUUCACCUGUUUUCAUGGGCACGACAUGCCAUGGUGAUUCCAGUGUUUCUUGCAGCAUGCCUAACUCUCUGAGGCUCACAAUGUUCUGAAAAUAAACCUGGGAUUAUUGUUCCCUGCUGGAAUAUGCUCAGUGAGCAGCUCAGAUUUUGGAUGACCUCUUUUGAAAUAUUUACAGAAAGAUUAUCUGAAACUCUCAAAUUAAAUUGGAAAGAUUCUCUCAAGAUAAAUCUGAAUGUUUGUAUGAAUAAACGGAUCAUUUUGGAAUUUUGAAAGCCAAUGAAGCUGCACUCAUCAGCAUUUAAUGCAAAGGAACAGGUGAAACUAUGAUUUCUUUUGCCUGACAGGACUUAAGGGAGGUUGCUGCUGAAUAUGCAGAACUUUGCGGGGCAUGAGAAGCCCAGAAAGCCCCCUCUCUGUCAUGGCUUUUCCCUCCUCUGGGGUUUGCUGUUUGGAUUAUGUAUGGAGAGUGCACUAGUGAAAGCUUGCCCCACAAUGUGUCAUUGUAUAGAGAAGAGCGGCAUGACUGUAGUUCAAUGUAUGUCUCGCAGCUUGGAGAAGAUUCCAUCAGAUCUUCCAAGAGAUACAGUUGUCCUACUUUUGGCAUCAAACCACAUCACCCACAUCCCAAACCACGCCUUCAAAGACCUGCACUACCUUCAGGAGCUGGACCUGUCUAACAAUGACAUUGAAACCGUUGACGUUGGAGCGUUUCAAGGUGUUUCUGACAGCCUCCUUUUCGUGGAUCUAUCAAACAAUCGCAUUCAAAGUGUCCCUAAAGAGGCGUUUGCCCGUCUACGAGCAAAAAUCAGCUUCUCAAACAACCCGUGGCACUGCGAGUGCACGCUGCAGGAGGUCCUGAGGGAGCUGCGUCUGGACCCAGAGACAGUGAAUGAGGUGAUCUGCCACACGGCUGUGCAGGAGGAAUAUGCAGGCAAACCGGUAAUCCAGGUGCUGGACUCAGGGAUCAACUUCUGCAACUUUCACCACAAGACCACAGAUGUAGCCAUGUUUGUCACCAUGUUUGGAUGGUUUACCAUGGUGAUCGCAUAUGUAAUUUACUAUGUCAGACACAAUCAGGAGGAUGCUAGAAGGCACCUGGAGUACCUCAAGUCACUGCCCAGCAGCUCUCAGAUCAGCAAGGACUUUGACACCAUCAGCACUGUUCUCUAGCAGGGCCAAGUUAGUCAUGCAAAGUUUGCAGCUGCAUGUGUCUUUACAUGUGGCUCUGUACAACAUGAUAAAAUGCCUAUCGCAAGAAAUUAUCAAUUAGAGAUUAUCUGAUACUUCUUUUUU